AGCGAGAACCCGGUUGUACCGUACGCGCCGUUAGUAUUGCCGGGAGCGCAGCGUCCUUCAAUAUACACCUGCUGCCCGCGGGCAGGUAUUGAUUCACACAUCGGCAAGGCGACCGACCAAGCGGUGCAGUUAAACACUCGGUUUCCCUCGCUGUUUCGCCGCCGGUCGUUUAUUUUAUACCGGCGGUGCUGGCAAUGCUAAAGCCACUAAUCGGAUACCGGAAGUCGAAUACCGCAUCUCGGGUCGCGACCC